CUUUUUCAUGUAUCUGCAAAACGAUUUCUCCUUUCUCCCUCCAAAUUUGCGUUGAUCUCUGGACAAUUUUCCUCCCCUCUUUGUCAUCUCACCCCCAUUCAAUUGUAAUUCUUCUCUCCCGGAUCACUCGCACCGUUUCCUCUCUUCAGCAUAACCUGCUAAUAAAUUUCAUCCCUGAAAGAUCUAGGGUUCCUGAUUAAUCUGCACCUCCCUAUCUGACUAUCUCAAGCGCACUCUUCCCUUUUCAUUUUAGAAUCUAAUUGAAAUCUGGCUUCUCGAUUCAAAGGCAUUGAAAGUUAACUUGCUCAACUCUUGCAAAUUAAUCCAGGAUUCGAUUCGAUCUAUAUGCUGCUCAUUGGUUUUGCACGUGAAUGAGAGAUAGCGAUUGGUUUGGAUGAUCAUGGAAGUCAUUAGUGACGUGGCGGCGUUGGACGUCGAAUUACUGCAGCUCCCGGAGUUUUCUGCUUUGGCCCUCAAGUCGAACCAAAACUUUGUUGAGAAGCUCUUCGAGCAGUGGCUAUCGCUUCCCGAGAGUAAUCGAGUGGUAUCAUCUCUGCUUAAUGAAGCCAAGUCUGGCGUUCCCUUGAAUGUCCCGGGUGCGUGCUCCAGUCCCAAUGCAGCAAGCAAUUCUCUGCCUUCCAUGUUUCCUGCAGGGACUGCACCUCCUCUUUCACCAAGAAGUACGUCUGGUUCCCCUCGUAUAGUGAAACAAAGGGUUGGCCUUUCUAAUUUAAGUUCUCCUUUGAAAGUUGUCAGUGAGCCAGUCAAAGAAUUGAUACCUCAGUUUUACUUUCAACAAGGGCGUCCACCUCCAAGUGAACUGAAAGAACAAUGCUUGUUUAGGGUUGAUCAGUUAUUCUAUGGUCAGUUAGAUGGACUGCAGAUGCAUGAAUUCAAAUCAGUUACCAAGGAAGUCUGCAAGCUGCCAUCUUUCUUUUCAACAUCUAUUUUCAGAAAGAUUGACUCCAAAGGAACCGGCUUUGUGACAAGGAACGCAUUCAUUGAUUAUUGGAUUAAUGGCAACGUGUUGACGAUGGACAUGGCAACUCAAAUAUACACAAUUUUAAAGCAACCAGAUCUCAAGUACCUUACGCAGGAUGAUUUUAAACCUGUACUAAGAGAGCUAUUGGCAACCCAUCCAGGGCUGGAAUUCCUCCAGAGUACACCUGAGUUUCAAGAGAGAUAUGCUGAAACUGUAAUAUACAGAAUAUAUUACUACGUAAAUAGAUCUGGGAAUGGUCGUCUUACCCUGAGGGAGCUGAAGCGUGGAAACAUAAUUGAUGCAAUGCAACAUGCUGACGAAGAAGAAGACAUUAACAAGGUUUUGAGGUACUUCUCUUAUGAGCAUUUCUAUGUUAUAUACUGCAAGUUUUGGGAGCUGGAUACAGAUCACGAUUUCUUGAUAGACAAAGAGAAUCUUAUUAGAUAUGGCAACCAUGCGCUUACCUAUCGAAUUGUUGAUAGAAUAUUUUCUCAGGUUCCCAGAAAGUUUAUGAGCAAGGUUGAGGGAAAGAUGGGAUAUGAAGAUUUUGUUUACUUUAUACUGUCAGAAGAGGAUAAAUCAUCUGAGCCUAGUCUUGAGUAUUGGUUCAAGUGCAUUGAUUUGGAUGCAAAUGGAGUUCUGACACGGAAUGAGCUGCAAUUUUUCUAUGAGGAGCAAUUGCACCGGAUGGAGUGUAUGGCUCAAGAGCCUGUGCUUUUUGAGGAUAUCUUGUGCCAGAUAAUUGACAUGAUUGGACCUGAGAAUGAGAGCUAUAUAACUCUGCGUGACCUGAAAGGCAGUAAACUCUCCGCAAGUGUUUUUAAUAUCCUGUUCAAUCUAAACAAGUUCAUGACCUUCGAAACUCAUGACCCAUUUUUGAUUCGUCAGGAACGUGAAAAUCCAACAUGGACAGAGUGGGAUCGGUUUGCUCAUAGAGAAUAUAUCAGGCUUUCAAUGGAAGAAGACGUAGAAGAUGCCUCUAAUGGGAGUGCAGAAGUCUGGGACGAAUCACUGGAGGCUCCCUUUUAAGAUUUAUUAUGGAUGUAGAAAGAUGAACGCCCUCGAUCUGAUGGACUUGCCAUUGUUCAAACGCUCUAGAUUGGGGAUCAGCUUUUAAGUGGAUGGUGCCAACUCAACCCUGAGAUAGAGAAAUUCCGAGCUUCACCUCAAAUGUGUCUUUGAUGGGCAUUGGGCAAGCAGCGACGAUAUUCAGAGCUUUCGCUGGCUGUGACAGAUGCUGUGGCCAUCAUCAGGGAAGUUUUGUUGCGUUGUUGCAAUGACCAUGCACAGUGAGGGCCGUCGUGGAGAGGUGCUAGGGUUGAAUUAAUUGAUCUCAAUGAAUACGUUUGUUAUUUUGGGGCUCCUAAAUUAAUGAACACAGAUAAGUUAAUUUUAAAAGAUCGGUUAGUGUUUUGCUUCAUAGUAUUGAGACACUUAUCUCUCUUGAUUCGUCGAGAGUUAAUUUGUUUUUCCAUUUGGGCUUCUGGUUGUUUA